GAUGGCUCCGGUUGUCGCCGCCGCUGCCGCUGCCGCUGCCGCCGCCGCCUCAGCAGCGGGAGCCGAAGUCGCCGACGCUGCCGCCGCCACCCCGGUCCCAAGCGGCCCGCGCGCUGCCUCGGCUAGGGCCCGUAGCAAUGGAGGACUUCAUCGUGAUCUCGGACGACAGCGGCUCCGAGAGUUCCGGGGGGGCCCGCUCGGGCAGGGCACGGAGGCUCCGCCGGGCCCUGUCCCGGACCCCUGGCGCGCUGCCCCGCCGGACUGUGGACUUCAUUGACUUAACUAGAGAAACCAGACCAAGGGCAAAGGAUCGCAAUGGACUCUGUGUGAUUGACCUGACAAGAACUGAGGAAGAAAACAGACCUAUCGCCACUCUUGACUUGACUCUAGAACCUGUUGCUGCUUCCCAGAAAGAGCCAGCCAGUCUUCAGACAUGUGCCAGCCUCUCCAGCAAAGAGGUGACAGAAGGGCGGGUAGACAGAAGCUCUUGGCCUACAGCACGGAGAAUCAUUAACAGCGAUCCUGUGGAUUUGGACCUUUUGGAAGAAACCGCAUUUGAAUGUCCACAACCCCCUACAUCCAUCAGUGGGGACUCUGUUUAUCCAGCAGAGCCAAAUUGUAGCUCAACAUCAUUCAAAGGUGACCUUGGCUUCUUGGCAAGCCUACAGCUAUCUUCAGAUAUUUGCUCCCUCUCCCCAACAAGCAAUCAGAGAGCACCCUUGCCUUGCCCACAGCAAGAUGUGCCUUGCCCACCUCAAGCCUUGCCAUGCCCACUGCGAAUCUUGCCAUGCCCACUGCGAGCCUCACCAUGUCCACCACGAGCCUCCUCAUGCCCACCACGAGCUUUGUCAUGCACAUCACAAACCGUGCAGUGCCAAGUACAAGCUUUGACUCACCUGCCUCAAGAAGUUCCAUGCCCUUCUCGAGAUAUGCCAUGCCUUCAGCAGAAUGUGCCAAGCCCACCUCCAGACUCAUCGUGGCAACCUCAGCACUCACCUGACCCACCUCAAGACUCACUGUGCCCACCUCAAGACUCUCGGGGCCUACCUCAAGAUGUACCAGGCCCACUGCAAAACAUAUCUUAUCCACAAAAUGUGGCACAUUUACAAAAUGUGCCACAGUCAUCAUUUGAUGUGCCACAGUCACCAAGACACAUACCACAGUCACCAGAAGAUGUGCCACAGUCACUAGCAGACGUGCCACAGUCACCAGAAGAUGUGCCACAGUCACCAGAAAGUGUGCCGCAUUUCCCUGGAGAAGUCCCAGACUUCCCAGGAGAUACAGUCCAUUCACCUGGAGACAUGCCAUGCUUGCCAGGAGACAUGCCACACUCACUUGGAGACUUGCCUCACUUACCACGAGACAGGUCUUACUCUCUCCAAAAUGAUAUACGGAACCAUGACGCUCCUAUGGAAGUCUCAGCUCCAUCCUCACCAAGGUUCUCUCCCAGCCCACAGUCUCCACAGUCUGAAACUUCCUUACAGAAAGUUCCUUGGCUCCCCAUCACAGAAACUCCAGCCAGAAAAGAGAGAUCACUGUCAGAGCCUGCUAAUGCCGGGUCUGCCCAGGUACAAGCACAAACACCACAAGGUGGAUUAUACAACAGACCAUGCCUGCAUAGACUGAAGUACUUCUUACGACCUCCAGUGCAUCACCUCUUCUUCCAGACACUAAUACCAGAUAAAGACACAAGAGAGAGUAAGGGUCAAAAAUUAGAACCCAUUCCUCAUCGAAGACUAAGAAUGGUAACAAACACCAUUGAAGAAAAUUUUCCCCUGGGGACUGUGCAGUUUUUGAUGGACUUUGUGUCACCCCAGCAUUACCCACCCAGAGAAAUUGUGGCUCACAUCAUCCAGAAAAUCCUGCUCAGUGGCUCCGAGACCGUGGAUGUCCUAAAGGAGGCCUAUAUGCUUCUCAUGAAAAUUCAACAGCUACAUCCAGCUAAUGCCAAGACAGUGGAGUGGGACUGGAAGCUGCUCACUUACGUCAUGGAGGAAGAGGGACAGAAUCUGCCUGGGCGAGUCCUUUUUCUGCGUUAUGUGGUACAGACCCUGGAGGAUGACUUCCAGCAGAUCCUGAGGAGGCAGCGACAGCACCUGCAGCAGUCCAUUGCAAGCACUGUGCUGUCCUGCGACAAGCAGCCCCACAAUGUCAGGGAUGUCAUCAAGUGGCUGGUCAAAGUAGUAACUGAAGACGGAUUAACUCAGCCCACAAAUGGGAAUCAAACCUCUUCAGGAACAGGAGUCUUAAAGGACAGCAGUAGCCAUCCUUCUCCCCAGCCCAACCUGACAAAGAACACCAAUCAGCUGUCUGAUGAGAGAGAGGGUCACAGUCCACCAGUUGAAGCUCUGAGACUGAACUUAGUAAAAGAUAAUUGUAAAGGAACCAGUGACAGGAAAACCAUAUGGAUUGUGUGUCAGCUGCAGAGGAUGCUGUCCAUAGCUGUAGAGGUGGACAGGACCCCCACGUGCAGCUCCAAUAAAAUUGCCGAGAUGAUGUUUGGGUUUGUGCUGGACAUUCCUGAAAGGAGUCAGAGGGAGAUGUUCUUUACUACCAUGGAAAGCCACCUUCUGCGCUGCAAAGUGUUAGAAAUCAUAUUCCUCCACAGCUGCGAGACGCCCACCCGCCUGCCCUUGUCUCUGGCCCAGGCCCUCUACUUUCUGAACAAUUCCACAUCACUGCUCAAGUGUCAGUCGGAUAAAACCCAGUGGCAGACGUGGGAUGAGCUGGUUGAGCACCUGCAGUUCCUGCUGUCCAGCUAUCAGCACGUGUUAAGAGAGCACUUGCGGAGUUCAGUGAUUGAUCGGAAAGACUUAAUCAUCAAAAGGAUUAAGCCCAAGCCCCAACAAGGGGAUGACAUCACCGCGGUGGAUGUGGAGAGGCAGAUCGAGGCCUUCCGUGGCCGCCUGACCCAGAUGCUGGGGGAGCCGCUGGCACCCCAACUCCAGGACAAGGUGCACUUGUUAAAGCUCCUGCUCUUCUAUGCCGCCGACUUGAACCCUGACACAGAGCCUCCUCCAAAGAACUGGAGCAACCCCUGAGGUCCUUCGAAGCACUGAACACCAAGAAUACCUCCUGAACUCCAGCUCCAGCUACCUGGAAGUUCUAGAAGUAUCUGAAGUAGUUAAAAAUCUUACAGGACCAAACCUGUCUUAUUUAUCUGUAGGUUAUAACGACUUUCUAACUCUUUAGUAAAUAUCUUUUUUUGAUAUUCUAUCCUAGCCCAUUCUCAGAUAUGGCUUAAAUAUACAAGGUGUAUAUAUUUUUUCAUAAAUUAUUUAUCUAUACUUUUUUUGAAACAGGUAAUACUAUAUGUACUAUAUGUUUAACAUUUCCAUUCAAUAUGUGAAAAAAGAAGCCCUCUGCUGAACAAAUUCUGGACAUCAGAGUAUGUCAUUUGAGGUACAGACAACCUGUUUCAGAAGAGAAAGAGAGACUCAUUUCUCCCUGAUGAAACACAAACAUCUUCUAUUAGAGCUGUUAUAUUGCCUAUGAAUUUGACUUUGUGGCCAGUCUGUUAAGAUCUAAUGUAAUGGGGGUGGGAGGUAGAAACAAAAGGACUGAGUGUAUUACAAAUAAUUUGAUGUUAAAAGGAUACAAUAAAAAGGCAAUGGUUUUUCAAAAUAACCAAGUUUACCGUGCUUAGGUUCUAUGGCUGUGAGUAGGCAGAACAUAAGAACAACUCUUAAAUUGAAAAAAAAAAAAAAAAAAAAAAAACUGUCCACAUUUGAGAAAGCAGUUUAAGAAGUUUGUUUAUUGUCAAAACAAAUAAGAGAUACAAGCAUAACAGAAGACACAAAUAAAUUAAUUAUUUUGAUCAUUUUAGACUCCAGGGCUUCUCUAUGGAAAGGUCAGCUCAGCUCCUUAUGUAGACAUGAUAGUAUCCAAAAAAAACACAACAGUCUCCUCAGAGAGACCGCAUUUAAGACAAUGACUGAACACAUACAUGGUGAAGAGAAAUAGAGUGGCUUCCUUAGUUCCUUCCCUCAGUAACUUACAUAUUUAUAAAAGUAUGCAGCUCUUUAUUGGGGGCAAUGGUUUCAUACAGAAAAAUUUUAAAUUCUUGCACUUCCCAGGAAAAAAAAAAAGUUUUAUUCCUGACCUGAACAAGAAAAUCAAAAUAGGAUGAUGCUAGUUUCACGUGAACCUCAAGACUACCAUCUAAAUGUAGGUGCUGCCUUGUGCAUACUUGAAAAAAGUUUAACAUCUAUUUAUCUAUACCAAACCAGUAGACUGAAUUUUCUUCCUUAGGAAGUCUUCAAUCAAAUUGGAGAUAAAUUAUUUUCAUUUUAAAAGUGCAAAAUAGAAUAUGCAAGACUAGUGUUUAUUCUGUGAUACAGAAAAACGAAGCAUCCCUCCCAAUAGCACUGGCCAGAAGUGCUCUUGUAAGAAGUGGCUACAGGUGAGGUGACCCGGAAGGCUACCAAACACAAGAAUGCUCCAGUUCCGGCCCAGGAAGUGGGGGGUCCCUGCCAAGUCUGGCCACCAAACAGAUCUCAGGUCCCCCAGCUAACAAGACUGGAGCACACAGAAGUGCACAAUCAAGAGGGUCAAAGUCUCAGCUAGUUCGGGCACAGCUCUACUCCAUGACUAGGCCACGCACAUGUUUACAGUGGUAAAGAAGUCAAGAAACCUAAGUUCCGGAACAACACAAACGUUAUUUACCUAGUAAGCAAUGAUCAAAGUUAUUGUCUAAGGUAAAUGAUAACAAAAAUGGUCAUGAGAUCCCCCAUACAUCACUUAAACCAUAUAACAUGGUUUCUUCCACACAAGGAUAAGCUUUGCACUAACAUUUCUCAAAAACCAAGUAUACCUCCAGCUCUAGCAUUGGUUUAAGAGGUUUUAAAA